AUGUCUCCUAUUGUUGGUAUUGCAUUUGGUAACACUACCUCUUCGAUCGCCUAUGUCAACCCAAAAAACGACGUUGAUGUGAUUGCAAACCCUGACGGUGAGCGUACCAUCCCAUCGGUGCUGUCGUACGUUGGCGAAGACGAAUACCACGGUGGCCAAGCGCUUCAGCAGCUUGUUAGAAACUCCAAAAAUACCAUCAUCAACUUCCGUGACUUUUUGGGCCUGCCAUUCGCUGAAUGCGACGCCUCCAGAUGUACUGCGGGUGCUCCACUCGUGGAGGUCAACGGUAAAGCUGGUUUCGUGAUUACCAGAGGCGACGGUAGACAAGAGCGUUUAGAGGUCGACGAGGUCGUUUCCAGACAUCUAAACAAAUUGAAACUGGCUGCCGAAGACUACAUCGGUGAGCAGUUGUCUGAAACUGUCAUCAGUGUCCCAACCAACUUCACAGACGCUCAAAAAGAUGCCUUGCGUGCUGCUGCUAAGAAAGUGGGGUUGCAAGUCAUCCAGCUCAUUAACGAGCCUUCUGCCGCCUUGUUGGCACACACCGAGGCCUUCCCUUUCAAAGAGGACUGCAACGUGGUUGUGGCCGAUUUUGGUGGUGUGAGAUCCGACAGCGCUGUGAUCGCCGUGCGUAACGGCAUUUACACCCUAUUGGCAACUGCCCACGACUCUAACCUAGGUGGUGAGAAUCUAGACGCGGAACUAGUGGAGUUCUACGCCAAGGACUUCGAAAAGAAGAACAAGUCUAACCCAAGAAAAAACGCCAAAUCCAUGGCUAAACUAAGGGCUAACGCAGAACUAACAAAAAAGACUCUGUCAAACGUCACCACUGCCACCAUCUCGAUCGAUUCUUUGGCUGACGGUUUCGAUUACCACACAUCCAUUAACAGACUAAGAUAUGAACUCGUCGCCAACAAGGUCAUUAGCAAAUUCACUCAAUUCAUCGAAGGUGUCAUCCAAAAAGCCGAGCUAGAUCCUCUAGAUAUCAACGCCGUUGUCCUCUGCGGUGGUUCGUCUUACACUCCUAAGUUGAGCUCUAAUUUGGAGUUUAUGCUUCCAGAAUCGGUGGCCAUCUUGGGUCCACAAAGCAAAGAAGCCAGCAACAAUCCAAACGAACUUUUGGCCUGCGGUGCUGCUCUUCAAGCUCAACUCCUAUCAAACUACGAUGCUGACGAGUUGGCACAGGCUUUGGAGCCCGUUGUUAUCAACACUCAGCAUUUGAAGAAGGCCAUUGGUCUUGUGGACGCUGAAGGCAACUUUGUGCCAGUGUUCUUGGCCGAGACCUCUUUCCCAGCCAAGAAAACCGUUACCCUAAAGAACGCCAAGGGCGAUUUUUUGAUCGGUCUUUACGAGGGUGACCACCACAUCAAGGAAACCGUUGUAGAACCUGCUGCUAAGGACGAGCAAGACGACGAAAGUGACUGGUCUGACGAGGACGACGAGCCUGAGGUUGUCAGAGAAAAGCUCUUCACUUUGGGUACAAAGCUCAUUGAGCUAGGUGUGAAGGGAGCCAACGGUUUGGAGCUAUCUUUUAACCUAAAUGAUGAUGGUGUUCUAAGAGUCGCGGCCAGAGACCUAAAAUCGGGACAGGUCGUUAAGGGUGAAUUUUAA